AUGAUGCUUUUCAAAAGUGAGCCAAUCUCAAAAGAAUUGAAAUACUCAAAAAGUGUAAAUAGCAUGAAAACUACAACCUCAAUCAAAAUUGAUGCUAAACCAAGAAACUCAUUAAAAUUGCCAGAAAGAAAAAAAUCAGUCGACAUUACAGCAUGCUCUAUAAGUAUUUUAGACGAAAAUUGUACAUUUACUGAAAUAAAAUUAUCUCCCCUUGGAUUUUCAAUCCCUUCUAAAAAUUUUCCAGUUAUUCCAAUAAAUCCCUUUCAAAAAAAUGGAGCUCCCAAACAAAGAAAUUCUUAUAGUUUUAGCAAAAAUGCUAGUUUUGAUAAUUUGAAUAUAAAAGAGCAGAGAAGAUCUUUGUCAGAAAAAUGAAACCAAAUUAAUGUUUCCCAAAUGUCAGAAAGCUUUGAGAAACCAUUAAAUAAAAGCGUUAAAGGCUGGAUUACAAUUAAUAAUGCACCCGCCAUACCAAAUCAGCCAUUUAAGUCAAAAUGUAAAAAAAUCAACCCUUUAGUAUUUUUAAAGCCUCACAAUAAUUUAAGAAAAUCCCAAGGACUUACAUCUGAUAAAAUUGAGAUCAUUGAAAAGACUUUCAAGCAAAAAGAAAUUUUCUUAAAAAAAAUAGAAAAUUUAGUAGUAGAUGCGAAUUUAAAGGAAAAAGGAAUUAUUAAGAAAACUAAACGAAGAACCAAAAAAGCAUUGAAAGCAGCUAAUGUGUAUGAGUUUGCUGUCUCUUUAGAUAAAUUUGCUAAAGAAGGGAUUAAAGAAUACCACGUUCCAGCAUAUGAGUAUUGUAAGUAG